ACGACGCUCGGGAGACAUGACUUGUAAAAUAAUAACUUACGCGAUAUUUCUCACCUUCGGGUACGCUAGCGCGGUUACCUACCAGCCUCCAAACAGUCUUUGCUUUCCCAAAAACUUUUUUUUUGGUGUCGCCACAGCUGCGUACCAGAUAGAAGGAGCGUGGAAUGCAUCAGGAAAAGGUGAGAGUAUAUGGGACAGGUACACCCACGCAAGGCCGGACCGUAUCUUCGACCAUCACAAUGGUGACGUCACAGCAGACUCCUACCACUUGUUCGAGGAGGACGUCAGAAUGCUGGUGGAGCUUGGCGUCCAGCACUACCGCUUCUCGAUAUCCUGGCCGAGGAUCCUCCCCAAUGGGUUAAGCAAUGAAAUAAACGAGGAUGGCAUCAGAUACUACAUGGCAUUAAUAGAUGAGCUGAAACGCAAUGACAUCUUACCGAUCGUGACGAUGUACCACUGGGACCUGCCUCAAGCCCUGCAAGACUUGGGGGGCUGGACAAACCCCAUCAUCGCGGAAUACUUUCUUGAUUAUGCCCGAGUGCUAUUCGACAAGUUCGGCGGCAAAGUUCGGACUUGGAUAACAAUCAACGAGCCUCUGUCCUUCUGCCACGGUGGGUACGGUGGCUUGGACGCUCCGGGGGCGGAGUCUAGCGGCUUCGAGGACUACCUGUGCGGUCACAAUGUGCUGAGGGCGCACGGAAUGGUGUAUCAGCUGUUCAGGGACAAGUACAUGGACUCUAUAGAUUAUGUUGGCAUCACACUGGAUUUCUCGUGGCUUGAACCAGCCACGACUUCUAAUGCCGACCAAAUGGCCGCGGAAACUGCGCGACAGUUCUACUUCGGAUGGUUCGCGCACCCGAUCUUCUCCAAAACAGGGGAUUAUCCCCCAAUAAUGCGCAAGAGGAUCGACGCGAUAUCAAAACUUCAGCACUUCCCCCGUUCACGUCUGCCAUAUUUUACACGUGAAGAAAUAAUGUUGAUACAUGGCUCAGCCGACUUUCUGGGUUUGAAUCAUUACACCACCUACUUGAUAACGAAGAAUAGGGGAAACAUAUCUUCAACACCGUCCUUUAAAGCUGAUAUGGGUGGAAUUGUGUCCCAGAAGAAGGAGUGGCCCAAGUCAAACUCGACUUGGUUAAAAGUAGUCCCAUGGGGCUUCCGGAAAUCCCUCAACUGGAUCAGACUGGCAUACGACAACCCGAAAGUAAUGGUAACAGAGAACGGGAUGUCUUUGGAAAAAGGCUUGAAGGACAGUCGACGUAUCAACUACUUGGACGGAUACUUGAAAGCUUUACUAAUGGCGGUGACAAAGGACAACUGCCGGGUGUAUGGGUACACGUACUGGAGUCUAAUGGACAACUUCGAAUGGACAAGAGGUUUUUCAGAGCGUUUCGGCCUCUACGAAGUGGACUACGUGUCACCAAACAAGACUCGCAUCGCAAGAAGCUCUGCAAGGUACUUCACCCAGCUAGCACAAACGCGUUGCAUACCGACAUGGAAUUAUACAGUCUAAUCAAAAAAUCAGAAUCCAAAACAUUUAUUUCGGUUCAAACUGUUGAGAAUUUUACAUUGUAAGUUUACAAGUACUAGUGUAAUACGGGUGCUAGUCAAAACAUCACAUACAAACUGAAAUAAAUGAGGAGUUCCUUGUCUAAUUUAAAGUUAACUAGGUAGGUUUACCAAGAUAAAUAAAAUAUGGGUGUAUUCUUGUGGUGUAGGUGUAUGUAUGUGUGUGUAUGUGC